GAUAUUUCGUGUUAUUCUGAAACUCUUUGUGUGAUGAAUAGCUUAGAUGUGAAAUUAUUUGUAACUGGAGUAUAGGUUGAACCUAUCUUGUGUUCAUCAUAAAAGGGCCCAAGAUUGUUCUGUUAAAAGGAAGUAGAGGGUAUCGGUUCGGCCGCCGAGGUGCCGUCCCACCUCUCAGCGCCCGCUCAAUGGCGGGCGCGGAGGAGCUGCGGCUUUCCCCGCAGCCGCCACCCUCUGCCUCAUCUUCAGACGCGUCUUCAGCAUCUUCCCCCGGCACCCCGGGGGGUUGGGGCCGGCCGGUUCCAAACAGGAACAGCGGCCGGCCGGUGGACCCGCUGGAGGAGGUGGAGCUGCAGAUCGGAGACAAGAUGGCGAGAGCAGCAUUUUCAUUAACCAAACUUCUUGAAGCUGCAUCUGCAGUAUCAGCUCAAGUGGAAGAGCUUGCCUUCAAAUGUACAGAAAAUCCACGUUUCCUUAAAACAUGGCGGGACCUCUUGAAAGAAGGCUAUGAUUCCUUGAAACCUGACAACUGAUUUGACUGUAAUAAUCCAUACCACCUCAUUUAUUAUCCUAUCCACACAUGUACCGUAUGGGUAGGAUAAUCACCAGCAGUUCUGUAUACAGAAGCUGAAAUUUUUCUUGGUUUUCUUCAUUUUGUGAAAACAAUAUGAUGUUAUUUUUUAUGCUGGCCCGUUUAUCUUUAAACACUUUCUGUUCUCUAAACUUUCAAAGACUCUUCUAUGAAAGUUAAUUUAAUCAGUAGAUAAUAUUAAUAAUGCCACAGUGCUACCAGUAGCAAACUAGGUGGACCAUUAUCCUCUUCAGUUUGCAAGAAGAUAACAAAAAUGGCAGAGUUUAAAGUCGAGCUUUAUUAUAUGGACCAAUGUUAGAUUCAGCUCCAUUAGGCUAAGUUCCCUAGAACCAAUGAUUGUGUCUUAUUACUUACAUAUUUCCAGCAGCUAGAAGUCUGUUACACAACAGUCACCAAAUGUUUGAUGAAUAAGAGUUCACAACGUAAUUAAAAGCUAUUUUUUCUUCCUGUUUUUAGCAUGAAGAUUAUAAUUGUUUCUCGAAAAGAUAUUUGAGUCAGAACCUCAUUGACCUGAAGGAAAAUGUUAUCUUUUUUUUUUUUUUUUUGCGGUGCAUGGGCCUCUCACUGCUGUGGCCUCUCCCGUUG